UCAGGGGUCGGACAGAGCUCAUUUCUUCUCCUGACACACACACACACACACACACGGCAUCUGCAAGCCUCAUGGAUCUUCGGCCGCUUUGGCUAGACUGAUAUCUAAAAUGGAUGCAUUCACAUCUGCAGUAGUACGUCUCGCUGAUUAUAAGAAGCGCGCCCUUUCUUUACGUAAUGUCGUAACUAUUUGCGCAUUUCUCCUUAGCCGAGUUCAACUGCAUUAAAAAAUAUAUAUAUAUAUGGUCUAUUAAUUUCGUGCUCGAAACGUUUCGUCUUCCGGAAGGACACGUCGUUCUUGUAUCUGUACAUCUCCAUCUGGCUUUUGUUUCUGAAUGGGAAAAGCAUGGCACGUUACUGUGAUGGGCAAUGGAUAAACAAACGCCAGUUCUGGGCAUUAUUUACACACAAACCUUGAUGUGUCGUUACCCGAAGCGAAAUAUUCUAAGCCUAUACUCAACAACUCAGUCAGCUCUUUCAGUUAAUAUCUUCAUUGUGGGAAAAGAAGUCGAAAACAUCAUAUUGCAAAAGUAGAUUUGACUCUUAAGAGAGUGGAAGAUAUGCCAUCCUCCAUGGAACUGUUCAUUAAGUGGGCUGUCUGCACUUUCCUGGUUCUUAUCCAUAUGCCAGGAACUGAUGGCUCGAUAGUGAAUUAUCACAAAACAUGCAUAUGUGCCAGUAACAUUGUGAGCUGCUCCAAAAUGAACUUAACUACCGUUCCAUCUGACCUGCCCAAGUACACAGCAGUGCUCGAUCUGAGCUAUAAUGACAUCACCAGACUACGUGCAGAAUGGACUCAAUACAAACUCCCCAAACUCCACAACCUUUUACUGAGCCAUAAUGGCUUGCACUUUAUCUCUACUGAAGCUUUUGUUUAUGUUAAGCACUUGCGCUAUUUGGACCUGUCGUCUAACAGUAUCCGCCAACUGGAUGAGUACAUCUUUGAACAGCUAGAGUAUCUAGAGGUGCUGCUGCUUUACAACAACCACAUCUCCCAGAUUGACCGCACUGCCUUCACAGGCCUCAGCAAACUACAGAAGCUCUACCUGAGCCAGAAUCAGAUUUCCCGCUUCCCUCUGGAGCUGGUUAAGGACAAGACACGACUGGAAAAGCUGAGCUUAUUGGAUUUGUCUUCCAAUAGGAUCAAAGUCCUUCCCAUUCAAGACCUAAAGGACUUGCCAGCCUGGCUUAAGAAUGGAUUAUAUUUCCACAAUAAUACGCUCACCUGUGACUGUGAGCUGUACAGCUUGAUGGCACACUGGUAUCUGCGACGACUGAACUCAGCUGUGGACUUCAAAGAUGACUACACCUGCAUACUUCCAGGGCCCGAUAAGAAAAUCUUGCGUGUUUUUGAGUUAAACAUGCAUAUGAACUGCAGCACAUAUAAUGAAUCUGUGGAAGAAGCCUUUUUGGAGCAGUCUCUAGUCCUUAAAUGUGAUACACGGCACCGGGACAUGUCCAAGACCUGGAUGUUACCUGGCAAUGUAGCAGUAAAAAACCAGACUGAUUUUGUUCUUACCGAUGGCAACCUGGAGAUCAGUUCAGUAAAACUCGAGGAUUCUGGUCAGUACACCUGCUUUGCUGUAAGUGAGUACCUCAAUGAAACCCUGUAUGUGUGGGUGAAGGUGCAUAACUUCACUCUCAAUGGAAAUGGGGAGACCCUCAAUACAGCAUACACAACUCUGGUAGGAUGCUUGGCCAGUGUGGUCCUGGUGCUUAUCUACCUGUACUUGACCCCUUGCCGGUGCUUCUGCUGUCCAGGGCAAGGGAAGUCCAAGAACAAUAAUGAGGAUAGUAUUCAUUCAUCCAUGCUCAGCGCCACCCCAACACACGAGGAUCUGGCAACCAAAGCAGAGCCCAACAGACAUGUUGCCUUCAUAGAUCCAAAGGACCUGCAGGGCCAGAAUGGGAAAGUGAAUCGCAAUGGAGAAGAGGAGCUGGAGGAUGAGGCUAAGCAUGGAAAAGGAAAGAGAAAGAAAUCAGUAACAGACUCUAUUAGCUCAGUCUUCUCUGACACACCCAUUGUGGUCUGAAUGGAUUCUGUCCAGACUUGAAACUGGGCAGCCUUCUGUGAUGGAUGCAAAUUGUGUGAUACGAAGUUGUUGAGACAUCUCUGGAAAAAGAGCAACAGAAAUGCAGUUUGCACCCUUCAGCAUGUGGCUAAUUAAAGACACAGUGUUUUAUAGCUUUCCUCUGUGAAUUUGACAAGGACAAGUGGACAAGUUAGAGAAGCCUUUCCAGCAUUUUAAUCUGUAGCACUUAAGUAUAUACUGUGAAAAGGUCUUGCCAUAUACAGUUAGUGGACUUUUAGGUACUGAGAAGUGUGGAAGGUGAUAAGGAACAAGGCUAAAUUAAUUUCUUCAUAAAUAGGCACUGUCAAGCCUUAUUAUUCAGAAAUAUAUCAAACAUAUAAACCAUAUAUUAUGAUUCUUAGACUGCUGAGAGUAGAAAGAUUAUAACUGUGUGUCCUGUAGCCAUUAGUAUUUACAAUAUUUAUUCCUCCCUUCCCCAAAUGCUAACUUGCCAGCAUCACCACUUUAUAUAUAGACUUCAGUCAUGAGUCAUUGCUAGAGGAGUGGCAUGCCAUUGACCACCAUUACGGUGAAUGCUGAACACUUUCAAGUGCAUUUGAAAGGGCGUAGCAGAUUUCAAUGUGAUUGUAGAAAUUCAGUCCCGCACCUUCUAAGCUUAUCAAAAUGUCAGAACGUAGAGGUCAAUACGUCAGAACAUAGAGGUCAAUACAUCAAAGCGUAGAGGUCAAUGCGUCGAAAUGUAGAGGUCAAGAUGUCAAAACUUGGGUCAGUUUUAAAAGCAAAAUCAUAGAAAAGAAUAAUCAGUUGGUACAUUGGCAUUACCAUUACAUUUAUAUUGGUGGUUGUUGUUUUUAAGGUCAUUAAACCAAAGUUUAACUUCACUGCAUUGCAAUUCCAUAGAUAUUUGCAAUAAUGCCACAAGACAACAGCUGUUGUUGGAUUUAACAAAAAACAUGCUGGAUUUUAGGAGAAAUAGCUAAAAUAUAUAUUAAGUAGAUGUCACUUGUUGCUUUUGGUUAUUGAAACUUUGGGUAGUUGUAGCACCAGAAAGGUAAUCUGACAUGCAAGCUACUGUGAGCCCCAUGGAUGGGUGAAAAAUGAUGCCAGAUGCACAAUAGCCUUUUUUGUAAUCCCCAGCUUAAGAGUAAUUUAAAUCAGCAGGUUGUGUGCACAGCAAAUGUAUACCUUAAACAAUGACUCGUAAUCACGUUAUGACUGCCAUUCUCUGUCCAAAAAUAUGGCCUAUUAUUUGCACAAUGCCAUUUGCAUGAGGCUGUCUGUCAUGACAACGAGAGAGAGAGAGAGAGAGAGAGAGAGAUUUCCUGAAUGCUAAUAACCUCUUAAAAUAGAAUAAGGCAUUUCUCUGGUUUUCUCUAGUACACGAGGACAGUCCAUAUCUAACAUCUCUCAUUCUCAAACCUUCUCAAGUUCAAUUGUUUUUUCUAUCUUUGCUAACAUUGCUGUGUGACCCAUUGUGAAAAUGUUUUCUAAAUCUUUAAAUGAUUGGGCCCAUCUUUAGUUACAAAACAAGCCCAAAACAAUGCUUGUAAUCUUAAACAGAAAAAAAGGAAAGAGUCAUAGGUUUGUGUAUUCAUUUUUUUGCAAAAGACCCUGAUUUGACUUAUUAUGCAUGUCACUACCCAGAGUCACAGUCGGCAUUAACGAACAUGAUAAACACAGCGGGAGAGUUCCCCAGAUAUAGCACACAAAAUGCACAUUUCAGAAUGUUGGAUCAAGUGUAUUCUUACAUAACAUGCAUUCUAUGUAGCAUUCACCCGGCAUACUCUGUAACUCUAUCCCAGCACCAUAAUAGUUUCAAUGUUCUGGCUUCAUAUUUGCCUAGAGUGAAAUAAGACAGUGGUUUGACAGCCCUAUCAUUCUUGUUUCCACCCCACUUGUGAAGUCAAAGGCAGGCUAAUUCCAAACGCAUUGAUUCUCAAUGGUAACGACAUACGGAGGACACUAGCGAUGGAAGUGUUUUAACGCAUUCCAGUUACAAUCUGUGUAAUAAGGGACUGAAACCUCUAAGAUUCUGAUUUUACGCAAGAGGGGAGAGCCCAUCUGGUUUGCACAGCAUCAUCUCAGGAAAAAAAGCAUUGGAAAAUGAGAGCAGCUAUGAUGGACAGCGGCAGGCAGUGGGCAGUUCAGGCCUAUUAAGCGCCUCCUCAGCUGAAGCCAAAAUCCUGUGACGUCCUCGCCAUCGUGAUCUUUAUGGGAAGAGGCCAGUGUCUCAGUUGCUUUUAAACAUGCUUCUACUUGGCAAGAGACACAACACCCAAAACACGUUCUAAUGGCUUUUCAGCCACUGUCAUUUGUUUUCAUUCAGUUUAAGUCCUUGGAUAUUGUUAGAUGGCAGGGGCGUUUUUAUUGAUCUGUUCAUCAUUUAGCAUUUUAUGGGUGGUACAUCUGUGCUUUUUUUGGGUGUUGAUUCCAUGUUUGUUUACAGUGUUUUUUUAAACCAGCAAGCUAUUUUGUCUGAUUUCCUUGCUUUCUUUUAAUCAGAAGUGCCCGAGUCACUCCUCUAGUUUAAUACUGCUGGCUCUAAUACGGACAUGUAUUAGGCGUAUCAAUUUAAUACAGCUGGCUUUGAUGCAGAUGGUUCUGAAGAACCUGUUUAGGUCGAUCAUGUGGGUUAAAGCUGAAAAUAACCUGUGAGAAAGUAGAUCACAGGGAGCAUAUUGGACCUCCUUCUUCUUUAUAUAGUGCUCUUUAUGCUGUUGUCUGGAUUCCAUUUGUGACAAAAGAUGUUAAGCAUUUCCUAACAUUAACUGUUGUAAUUUCUGUUUCUGUCAUAUGAAAUCUUAAAGAUAUGUUUACAAUGUGUCUCAGUAGGUCUGUACAGUAAAUUAAGAAGUUAAGAAGUGAAUAGACCAGAAACUUCAGUAAGCCAUCACAGACUGUACCUAUGGAGGCAACAAAGCACUGUAUCACUAAGCAGUAGGUUAUAUGCUCUAUUUCAGGAAUACACUGUUAUAUGUAGAAACGUUUGGGACAACAAACCCAGAGAACUGCCUUGACAUUACAUUAUGCGCCUCUCAUACCUUUCGUUAGGAUAAUGUAUAAUGUAAGCACACUAAAUUGUGUACCAGUAUAUCUAUUUCUUAUCUAGCCACUUUGAAUCCUGUCUGUGGGUAUGUUCUGUUGAUUUUGUCCAAUUUUUAAGUGCCAUAUCCUGUAUGUAACAUGUAUGUACUAUUUCACAAAUCUGUAUGUCAAGUAUUUUAUCUUGUUUAAUUUUGAAUCUCUGGCUUCUAGAGACUAUUAAUAUAAAGUGGCCUGUGUCUGUCUGUUGUCUACAGUUGCAUAUACAAAGUCUUUUAGUAUAUGACAUAUACACUGACCACGUCUCUAUCAUUUAAGUCUUUAGUUUUUGUAAAAGGAAAAUAACAAAGAGACACAUAAACCCAGCGACCGGAAAUCACAUUAGUGCACACUGAAUGCUUUGAAGGUAGUAAUAGCCUUACAGUGGAAACAUGGUCUGUGUCUUAGUAAGCAAAAUAUGAGUGCAAUAUCCAUUAUAUUUUGCCUAGUGCUGGUCCUGUAUAUUAGAGUUAGAGAGGUUCUGACUGUGACUGACAGUUGGGUAAUGCUUAAGCCAGAGAUUUUAUUAUAGAUAAUUACUAUAAUGGUAAAAAUUAUUUGCAAAACUAAU